AUGGAGGAGCACAGGGGAGCACGGGGGAGCACAGAGGAGCAUGGAGGAGCACAGGUGAGCACAGAGGAACAUGGAGGAGCACAGGGGAGCACGGGGGAGCACGGGGGAGCAUGGGGGAGCACGGAGGAACAUGGGGGAGCACGGGAGCACAGAGGAGCACAGAGGAGCACAGAGGAGCACGGGGGAGCACAGAGGAGCACGGGGGAGCACAGAGGAGCACAGGAGAGCACAGAGGAACAUGGGGGAGCACAGGGGAGCACGGGGGAGCACAGAGGACCACAGGGGAGCACAGAGGAGCACAGAGGAGCACAGGGGAGCACAGAGGAGCACGGGGGAGCACAGAGGAGCACAGGAGAGCACAGAGGAACAUGGGGGAGCACGGGGGAGCACAGGGGAGCACAGAGGAGCACAGAGGAGCACAGGGGAGCACAGAGGAGCACAGAGGAGCACAGAGGAACAUGGGGGAGCACGGGAGAGCACAGAGGAACAUGGAGGAGCACGGGGGAGCACGGGGGAGCACGGGGGAGCACAGAGGAGCAUGGAGGAGCACAGAGGAGCAUGGAGGAGCACAGAGGAGCACAGAGGAGCACGGGGGAGCACGAGGGAGCACAGGGGAACAUGGGGGAGCACGGAGGAGCACAGGGGAGCACAGAGGAGCACAGAGGAGCACGGGGGAGCACGGGGGAGCACGGGGGAGCACAGAGGAGCACAGAGGAACAUGGGGGAGCACGGGGGAGCAUGAGGAAGCCCGAGGACUAUGGUGGAGCCCAGGCUGCUCCCCAGCCUUGA